AUGAUAGAACACACAAGGACGUUUGUGCAGCAGCACUACUCCAUCGCCAACGGUUACUCGCACAAUGCCGAUGUGGUGUAUGGCGAUACCGACUCAGUGAUGGUCAUGUUUGGCGUUGACACUGUAGAAGAGGCCAUGCGCAUGGGCAGGCAGGCAGCAGAGGAGAUCUCUGAUACCUUUCCUAAGCCAAUCAGGCUGGAGUUUGAGAAGGUGUAUUUCCCGUACCUGCUGAUCAACAAGAAGCGCUACGCCGGGCUGUACUGGUCCAACUCCAAGGCCUUUGAUAAGAUGGACACCAAAGGUAUUGAGACGGUUCGAAGAGACAACUGCCUGCUGGUCCGACAGGUGGUGGACGAGUGCUUGCGGCGCAUCCUAAUGGAGCGAGACAUUCCUGGGGCCGUGGCAUAUGUCAAGUCUGUCAUCUCGGAUCUCCUUAUGAACAAGCUCGACCUCUCCCUGCUGGUUAUCACCAAGGCGCUAACCAAGGGAGGUGACGACUACGCAGUCAAGGCGGCCCACGUGCAGCUGGCAGAGAGAAUGCGCAAGCGUGACUCCGCCACAGCGCCUGGCAUCGGGGAUCGAGUGGCCUAUGUCAUCUGCAAGGCUCCCAAGGGCAGCAAGGCGUAUGAGAAGUCAGAGGACCCGAUACAUGUGUUGGAGAACAACAUUCCCAUCGACCCGCACUAUUACCUGGAGAACCAACUCAGCAAGCCUCUCCUGCGGAUAUUCGAGCCCAUUCUGAAGAACGCGAGCAAGGAGUUGCUGAGUGGCGCGCACACGCGAGCAGUCUCCAUAUCCACGCCCGCGACAGGUGGCAUCAUGCGAUUCGCCAAAGUCCGGCUGUCCUGCCUCGGCUGCAAGACGCCUCUCAGUGGAAACUCCCAGACGCUGUGUGUGCACUGUAUGGAUCGAGAGGGCGAGAUCUACCAACGAAUAACAACCAAUAUGCGGGAGUGUGAGGAGCAGUUUGGAAGGCUGUGGGUGGAGUGCCAGCGAUGCCAGGGCAGCUUGCAUCAAGACGUGCUCUGCACCAGCCGUGACUGCCCCAUAUUCUACCGGAGGAAGAAAGCACAGAAGGACGUCGAAGAAGCACACGCUCAGCUUGCAAGAUUUGACUUUUGA